UGUUGAGAAGUGGUUAAAACAAGUUACUAGUAUCUAAUACAAUUUCUUACAUUUCCCCCAGUUCGACGGUAAGGGCAGGUUUUCAGUAGUCGGGAGCGAAGGACAAUGGGUGCUAGCUUAACCAGCUGAAGUACUCUGGUACACAGCAGGCGGGAGGCUAGCUAGCUAGCACACGGUGUUGCAAACUAUCAAGCUAGUUAGUACACGUGUCGCCCCAGCCUCCCGUCUGAUGUGCUUGCGGGAAGCAGGGGCGACUGGUAGACAUUGUCCUUCGCCCCUGCCUGUGGGGCAUGGUUUUCUACGGUACACAGCAGGCGGGAGCGACACAGUGUGCUAUCUAACGAGCAAGUUAGCUAGCGCACUCUGUCGCCCUCGCAUGUCGUCUGAUGUGCUAGCGGGGACAACGGAUAGACAGUGUCCUUCACCCCCACCUGUCGGGCACGGGUUUCUCUCCGGUACAAUGCAUGCGGGAGCGACACCGUGUGUUAGCUAACUAGCAAGCUGCUGUGCUAGUGGGGGCGACCGGUAGACAGUGUCCUUCGCCCCCUCCUGUCGGGCACUGUUUUUCCCACAGUUCUGUUAACGAAUGUGAGGGCAGGCGGGAGCGAAUUACACUGUUCACCGCUAGCUAGCAAGGCGUACUCCGGUAUGCAGGGGAAAAAAUCGMAGACAAUACUUUUACUUCCCUUUUGACCCACAUUCAAAAGUGUCACACASGCAUGAAGGUGCAUUCCAUACAGAACCAAUCAGUCGAUUCGAACCAAUGGGAUGCUCUGGGGGGGAUUAAGGAAAAUGAAAAGAAAAACGAAACUACAAAGGAACCCUAUGUCUAUAACACUCACAGCAUUCGCAUAGUUUUUCAUAAAUACAGCACUACACCUGCACACGGAGACUGAUAUGGACUUCCUCUGUUGACAACUUCCUCACUGGUGACAGUCCGUAGGCUUCAAUGAGCAAUAGAGUUGACUGCAUACAGACGCAAGAAUGGAGUGAGCGCAGUCAGACCUGAUCCUAAGUUAUUACAAAGACUCAGAACCCAUUUUUYGGACAGCGAAUGAAACAAGAUGGAUUACAAAUAUGACAAUGCUGGAAUAGAACUCCUGCUGGCUCACAUGAACAUAGAGGACAUAAUCGACGUGGUGGAAAAUCUCUACCACACAAAGGAAGAGGAAAAAGAGGCCGGGGCGUCGUUUGAGGAGGGUCUCUCUCAGGAGGAGAUGGACCAGAACGAGGAGACAGUGGAUGAUUCAUGGGGCGAAGUGACAGGAGGGACCCAGGGGACACAGCAGGGGAACAGUGGUGGUAGGGUAAGGUACGGGACAGUGUCGGACUUGCUCUCUUUCGUCAACCAGAUCUCUAACAUGCAGCCAGAAGUACUGCAGCACCUGCCGGAGGAGAUGGGUGUGUUACUGAACAAGAAACACAUGGGGCUGAAGAAGGGUCACUAUCGCAUCGAUUCAGAUGUGUUUCUGUUUCCAUGGAAGUGGACCUAUAAGACUCCUGGCGCCGGCGGCCAUGUUCCAAAGGGCUCUUUUGGGAAAGUCCACUUGGCCCAGGAUACCAUAACCAGGAAGAGAAUGGCAUGCAAACUGAUCCCCAUGGAACACUUCAAACCAGCCGAUGUGGAGAUCCAGGCACGGUUCCGUCACGAGAACAUUGCAGAGCUCUAUGGUGCUCUCCUCUGGGACCAAAACAUCCACCUGUUCAUGGAAGCCGGCGAGGGAGGGUCGGUUCUGGAGAAACUGGACAGCUGUGGCCCCAUGAGGGAGUUUGAGAUAAUCUGGGUCACCAAGCAAGUCCUCAGGGGCUUGGAGUACCUACACUCUCACAAUGUCAUCCACCACGACAUCAAACCCAGCAACAUCGUCCUGAUGUCAGACAAAGCYGUUCUGGUGGACUUUGGCCUGACGGUACAGAUGACAGAGAAGGUAUACACCCCUAGGGAUCUACGAGGCACAGAGAUGUAUAUGAGCCCGGAGGUGGUUCUUUGUCGAGGACACAACACCAAGACAGAUAUCUACAGCCUGGGCACCACCAUCAUCCAUAUGCAGACUGGCAGCCCACCCUGGGUCAGGAGAUACCCACGCACCGCCUACCCUUCCUACCUCUACAUAAUCCACAAGCUGGCCCCUCCCCUGGAGGACAUAGCGGAGGACUGCAGUGGUGUCAUGCGGUCCUUCCUAGAGACAGCCCUGGAGAGGAACCCUGCCAAGCGCAGCUCUGCAGCCAAGCUCCUGAGGGACGAGGCCAUCAACCCUCCCAGAGAGGAACAGCCACGCUGCUGGAGCCUGGACUCAGCCCUGGUGGAGGCCUCCCACCCUCUAUUGAGGCAGCAUAGCCAGCAGCCUGACACCACACAGGAAUCCUCAUUGUACUCUGAGCCUGAGGACUCUGCCCACCUGAGGAGAAAGGGAUCCCUGUACAUCGACUUGGGGGCAAUGGCUGGAUACUAUAAUCUAGUGAGAGGUCCCCCUGCCACAGAGUAUGGCUAACCCUGAGCCUAACCUCUGAAGGAAAUGUGUAUUUUAAAGAUAUCAGAGAUAACUGUUACCUUUCACCUUAGCCUGGUACUGGUGAACUGUUAGAUCAGAGACCCUCAGGAAGUUGAGUUAGGGACUCAUGAAGACUCAAUGGUGAAGGUGUGACUGAUGCUUUUGGAAAGAGAUACCAGAAGGACAGAAAAUUGGAUAGAGACAGUAAAUAGCCUGCACUUCAAUGGCGCUGGACUCGUGUAAUGAAAUUGACCAAUGUCUGAAGAGUGGUUUCUGUAGCUGCAUUAAUUUGCCAUCUCUCAACAAUGCAGCGGCACAUUGGAUGUAAGAGAUGUGUUACUCAGUAACACUGUGUUUCACUGGCUAACAGUGACAUCUUGUGGGAUGUUCUGUAGAUACAUGAUAUACUGUAUAAGCAUCUUAUACAAGUUUGUUUCUUAAAGAAAUGCAUCUGAAUGAGUCUUGUGAUUGAGACGUCAUUCUAUUAUUUUGUGUCAAUAUGAAAACUAUGAUUUCUGACCGUGUAUGUGUGGUUUGUACAAAUUGUACAAUUAUAUUGUUUUAAACAUGAAGUUCUUAAAAUUAACUUAUUUGUGUUUGUUCCUAAGGAAUAUGAGAAGUGAUUUUGAGAAUUGCUAUGCAAGUUACACCAUGUACAUGACUGAUUAAUUUGUUACUUUAUUUGUGUGGUCAUUGUACUUGUACCUGUUGGGUAUGCAGUUUUCUUUCAUAGUAAACAAAAAUAUAAAUGCAACUUACAACAAUUUCAAAGAUUUUACUGAGUUACAGUUCAUAUAAGGAAAUAAGUCAAUUGAAAUAAAUUCAUUCAACCCUAA